AUGUCGCGGCCGUCAAUAACAACAGUUCAAUCCUGCCUUUUCCUGGCGACGCCAUGCAUACAAAGGCCAAUUAAGCUAGUCAAAGCGCUAACGGCGAUUGAUGAGGAGAUGGAACGGAUUAGAGGCAAAGUACAAACUAAGACAGUUCAUUUCAUUCUAUCGUUUGCCACAUCACGCAUCCGCAACCUCAACCUCAACCUUAAACUCGAGAUUGUAGAAAUAUUCGCAUAUGAUACUUCUCCUACCACUACAAACUCACACUUUCUAGCAACUUUCUAUAUCCACAUCCAUGUCUCCCCCUCCCAAAUAUUCUCCGCUCAUAAUCUCUGUCGUGUUACAUCGACAUGUUGGUUCGGUCAUCUACGAACAGCAAACCCAACAAAACAUUCCGUUAAGAAUCCACCGGAUGUCAAGUUCAAGUUUCUAUCGACAGAUAUAUUAGCAUAUUUUGUAUAA